AUGAAGUACCAACUCACCCUGUCCGCCCUCGUUGCGGGUGCGGCCGCGCUCGACGUGUCGCAGGUGUUCCCCAUGACGCCCAACCUGAUCCCUCUGCAGAAGAAUGCCGGCUCGGACAAUUUGUUCCCCAUGGCCGACUGCUUCGGCUUCAAGCUGCACGAGGCCACCAUCGACCAGAUGCAGGCCGCAAUGACCCACGGCAAUCUGUCGUCGGUCCAGCUGGUCAGCUGCUACCUGACGCGCCAGCUCCAGACCCAGCAGUAUCUCAAUGCCAUCAUCCAGAUCAACCCCGACCUCUUCGCCAUUGCCUCCCAGCGCGAUGCUGAGCGCAAGGCUGGCAAGGUCCGAGGCCCUCUGCACGGUAUUCCCUUCAUUGUCAAGGACAACAUCGCCAGCAAGGACAACCUGGAGACCUGCUCUGGCAGUUGGGCUCUCCUCGGCAACAUCGUGCCCCGCGAUGCCUUUGUCGUCAAGAAGCUGCGUGAUGCCGGUGCCGUUCUCUUCGGCAAGGCUGCGCUGUCUGAGUGGGCCGACAUGCGAAGCAACAACUACUCCGAGGGUUACUCUGGCCGUGGUGGCCAGUGCCGAAGCGCCUACAACCUGACUGUCAACCCUGGUGGCAGUAGUUCAGGCAGCGGUGUCGGUGUUGGAGCCAACGUCAUUGCCUUUGCUCUGGGCACUGAGACCGACGGCAGUGUCAUCAACCCUGCCCAGCGUAACGCCAUUGUCGGCAUCAAGCCCACCGUUGGUCUGACAUCCCGCAACGGUGUCAUUCCCGAGUCCGAGCACCAGGAUUCCGUCGGUACCUUUGGCCGCACUGUUCGCGAUGCUACCUAUGCUCUCGAUGCUAUUUACGGUAUUGACACCAGAGAUAACUACACCCUGGCUCAGAAGGGCCUGACCCCCAAGGGCGGAUAUGCUCAGUUCCUCUCCAACCGCACUGCUCUUAAGGGCGCCACCUUCGGUAUCCCCUGGAACAGCUUCUGGGUCUACGCCGAUCCCGAGCAGCAGAAGAUCCUGACCAGCAUCCUGACCCUCAUUAAGUCUGCUGGCGCCACCAUCAUCAACAACACCGAGAUCACCAACUACCAGACCCUCGUCAGCCCCGACGGCUGGAACUGGGACUACGGCACCACCCGUGGUUUCCCCAACGAGUCCGAGUACACCUACAUCAAGGUUGAUUUCUACAACAACAUCAAGACUUACCUUUCCGAGCUCAACAACACCAAGAUCCGCUCUCUCGAGGACAUUGUCGAAUACAACAACAAGUACACCGGAACUGAGGGUGGUUACCCCAUGCCCAACGGCACUCCUGCUUUCUGGUCCGGCCAGGACGGUUUCCUCGCUUCUCUCGAGACCAAGGGCAUCAAGGACAAGACCUACUGGGAGGCCCUCGAGUUCUGCCAGUCUUCCACCCGCAAUGGUAUCAACGAUGCUCUCACCUACAAGGGCAAGAAGCUGGACGGUCUCCUGGUCCCUCCCGAUGUCGCCCAGAGCAUCCAGAUCCCCGCCCAGGCCGGUUACCCUGCCAUCACCAUUCCCGCUGGCAUCCACUCCGACUCUGGCAUGCCCUUUGGCUUGGCUAUCCUGCAGACCGCCUUUGGCGAGGCCAAGCUGAUCAAGUAUGCUAGCGCCAUUGAGGACCUGCAGAAGCACAGCAACACUCCCUACAAGCGAACCCUACCCACCUGGCGCGGCUACCUCGAGAGGAACCUUGCCGUCCCUCUGUAA